UAUUCAGUUUGGCUGAAGUGAGCAACAAUCACCAUGGAAGUAGCCAGCGGCAGCAUGAUCUUGCAUCCUGACUUGGCCGAUGAGCUCAGGGCCUUGCUUGAAUCCAGUGGUUUUGAGACAGCCGGGACCUUCUUGAAGCAUCUUUUUGCUUUGGAGGAGCAACAUAGAUCGAAGCAGAGUUUGUCAGAGUUGGAAUGGGGUGACGAUUUUAACAUCAAUCAAGCUAUAAGUCUAGCUUCAGCACAGCCACCAAAAACUGCUUCAGUUGGAGUUCAAGCUAAACUGUGCAGUUGCAGCGACAAGGUCAUCGUUAAGACAUUACGUGGAGGAAGUGCCGUCAGGCUGUUUGAUUCGAUUCAAAGAGGGAAUCUCCAAGAUAAAACAUUUGACUCUGAGGGAGUCGAUCAGUCUGACUCUGAUUACAGUGAGGAGAUGGAGGAAGAGGUCAAUUACAACAGUAGGAAGAGAAAACAAAAAAGUAAGACUGUAAAAGGAAAAGCAAAGCACAAAACUGUUCCUAAGAAGAAAAAACAAGGAAAGGACGACCAGGAACCAGCCACUGUGAGCCAGCCAAAGACCAAAAGGAGAAAGCCUGAUGAGGGAACAGAAACUGUCAGCAAACCGAAGAAGAAGACAAAAAAGUCUAAGGAUGGAGUAAAAACUGAUGGCAAACCAACAAAGAAUAAUACCGGCCAGAAAAGGAGUACAUUAAUUACCUGCAACGACUGUGAUGCCACGUUUACUAAUGCGUUUUACUACACUCAGCAUGCAAAGAAACAUGCUGAAGAAAUACCCGAAUCAUUGAAAUUCGGACGCAUGGUACACAUCGUACGGGUCCAAGAACGUCCCCAUAUUUGCCAACAAUGUGGCAAAUCUUACAGAAACGCGACUGGAUUGGUGUGUCAUAUUCGUACCCAUACUGGCGAACAGCCAUAUAAAUGUACGCAGUGUGACAAGUCGUACAAAGAGAAACACUCGCUGACAGAACACGUAAGAAGAUACCAUGAACAUCCCGGAGAAAAGCCUUUCAAGUGCGAUCUCUGCGACAAAUGUUUUGGGAAGAAAUACUCACUGAAUCUGCACAUUAGAAAUAAACAUCAGAGCCCCGACAAGGACGAUUGGAAGCGUUAAUGAAACUCCACAUCAUGAGAUCCUGGUUUAAGGCCGUAAAAUGGCCUCUCUGUCUCUAACAGGUGUUGCAUAAAGAAUUGGAGGUCAAUGGGGGAUCACAUGUUGCCAAAGUUAAAAAGAGUGUAAAUACAGUGAAAUCUCGAAAAGUCAAACUUCAAGGGAACAGGUUAAAAAUUUGACUUGAGCAGAGUUUUGAGUUAUGCAGGGUUGUACAUCAUUGUUGUUCUACUAAAGGGAAUGGAUACUUGUUUGACUUCACAGUUGUUUUGAGUUAUCAGAGUUUGGCUUAUUGAGAUUUCCCUGUACUGUGAUAUUCAGUUUUUGUUGCGUUGUGAUCUGAAAAAUCUGAUUUUUACAGCGAAAUGUGAAUGUAGUAAUUUCCCACUCUUCUUUAACCCUGACAAGGGUGAUUUACAAGGAACCUUCCUCAUCCUUACAAAUCCCAACACCACGGUAAACGGUGCACAUAAAAAACAGUUGGACCAUUUUUAUUUGUGGUAUCCCUAAUCUGAGGUAAAGCACAGUCAGUUUACUAGUGCAGUACUCAUCCUGACAGCUUCCAACAAACCCUGUAGUCGGAGUUUGGCUGGUUGGAGAUUGUUAGGGUCAAACCUGAUACAUUGUAAAGGCAGUUAAAUGUUGAAAUGCCAAAUUGUGGCUGAAAUCUGCAAAGUCCAUGUAGUUGAAGGCAUUUUACUGCUUAAAGGGUUUGGGGUUGACCUCUCACUUUUGUGUAAAGGUGACUUGAAAAUUGUAGACAAAAACGGUGAAAUUUUGAAAUGGACUGCGACGAUGUUUCAAUGUCUUUAUUUCUGAUAUUUCAAAACAAUAAAAAAGAGGCAAAACAAACAUUUCAGACUGGAUUUAUUGAGAAAUAUUUGAACAUUUGAUAGACAAAAAGUUAAGGCACAAUUACUUGGGGGUGCAUAU